AUGCAUGCGGCGAGUACGAGGCGGCUUGAGCUGGCUGUCGGCUGCAGGACACCACAGUUGGGCCCGGUAGGUAGAGCAGGUGAGGGAGAGGCUGCAAAAGACAAAUUCACGCCGCCAUCUCAGUUGUCUUGGAUUCGGUUGGGGCAGUUGAUGCAUCGAAUGGUCCAUGUAGCCAGCAUGGCCUCCCAAAGGGCGAUAGCCCCUUGCGAGCUCAUUCCGGAACAGCUGAGGCCCAUGGGGCGCCAAGCAGCCAAUGAAUGCAGCAUGUGGAAUUGGUGCGGAAUUCUUCUGAAGGUGAUCGUUCUUGGUGAAAUUUUUGCUCGGGCCCUGUUGAUAGAGAGGGUUCGUGCACAGGCAGCUGGCUGCAUCAGUUUUAGAACCUGCGCAGGCUUGUCCAAGCUGAGGUUGCGCUUUUGA